UCGCAUAUAAACUUAUACACAUUUCUCAUUAAACGUUUUUGUCACAAGGACGUAAAGUCAAAAUGGUUAUGGCCGAUCCAGAGGCAGUAGUGAAUGGUUCCAAAGACGAUAUGGGGGUGGAAAAUUAUUCGUUGCGAAUUUUUCAUUCGACGCUAAACUUGCUGGCUCACAUAUUAAUUGGGAUUGUAGUUGGUAUUUGUGUCCUGUUCGCGUUUAGAAAUGGAUUACCGUUGAAUAUGACGAACAUGCAUAUUGUUUUGUGUGUCAUUGGUUACCAACUGUUAAUGUCAGAGGCAAUUCUUGCUCUUUGUCCGCAUAACAGUUGGAGUUCCGGGUUGAAAUUGGUGGACAAAAAAAGGACACACACCAUCCUGCAAAUCCUUGGUUCAACUCUAGCUAUUGUUGGAAGCAUACUCAAAAUGCUUGACAAGAGUACUAACUUUAACACUCUUCAUGGUCAAUUUGGACUGGUGGCAAUGGUAUUCACUACAGUGAGCCUGGUUAACGGACUGACGUCACUUUACGCUUACGAAUUGCGUAACUACAUACCCGGAAACUUCUCCAAGAUCCCCCACAUCAUUUUUGGUGUGGUAGCAUAUGUUACGUCUUUAAUCUGUCUUUGCUACGGACUCGACAAAGGCUUUUUCAAAAAUUGGACGGCUGCCCCCAACAGCAGCGGUGAACCCCAACAUCAUGGAUUUGCUUAUGCCAUAAUGGGUAUGGCCGCUGCCUUCACUUUUAUUAUAAUCGUCAAUCCUAUGAUUACCGCUUUCAAUAAAACUCGUCGUGUAUUUAAUUUGUCACAAGGACGUAAAGUCAAAAUGGUUAUGGCCGAUCCAGAGGCAGUAGUGAAUGGUUCCAAAGACGAUAUGGGGGUGGAAAAUUAUUCGUUGCGAAUUUUUCAUUCGACGCUAAACUUGCUGGCUCACAUAUUAAUUGGGAUUGUAGUUGGUAUUUGUGUCCUGUUCGCGUUUAGAAAUGGAUUACCGUUGAAUAUGACGAACAUGCAUAUUGUUUUGUGUGUCAUUGGUUACCAACUGUUAAUGUCAGAGGCAAUUCUUGCUCUUUGUCCGCAUAACAGUUGGAGUUCCGGGUUGAAAUUGGUGGACAAAAAAAGGACACACACCAUCCUGCAAAUCCUUGGUUCAACUCUAGCUAUUGUUGGAAGCAUACUCAAAAUGCUUGACAAGAGUACUAACUUUAACACUCUUCAUGGUCAAUUUGGACUGGUGGCAAUGGUAUUCACUACAGUGAGCCUGGUUAACGGACUGACGUCACUUUACGCUUACGAAUUGCGUAACUACAUACCCGGAAACUUCUCCAAGAUCCCCCACAUCAUUUUUGGUGUGGUAGCAUAUGUUACGUCUUUAAUCUGUCUUUGCUACGGACUCGACAAAGGCUUUUUCAAAAAUUGGACGGCUGCCCCCAACAGCAGCGGUGAACCCCAACAUCAUGGAUUUGCUUAUGCCAUAAUGGGUAUGGCCGCUGCCUUCACUUUUAUUAUAAUCGUCAAUCCUAUGAUUACCGCUUUCAAUAAAACUCGUCGUGUAUUUAAGUAAUGGUACAGCAGUUUUUUAAAUUGUGAAUCUCAAAUUUCAUGGAAUUAUUUUGUAGUUAAUUUUAUCUUAUUCUUCGUAUUU